CACUUCAAUCGACACUUUCGAGCACUUCACAUCAAGUACGGAGAGAGACAGAUUUGAGCUACAGUAAAAUUAAAAUGACGACUCUUGAAUUAUGCGAAAAAUACUUUGAGACGCGCGAUGUGUACAAACUGAUGGGUAUUGUGAAAGAUGCCAAAGAGAAGGAGAUUAAGAAGGCAUACCACAAACUGUCGCUGCUCGUGCAUCCCGACCGAGUGCCCGAGGCACAAAAAGAGGAAUCCACCGAAAAGUUCAAGGUGCUCUCGAAAAUCUACCAGGUGCUCACCGAUCCGGCCAAGCGGGCCCUCUACGACGAGCAGGCGAUCAUCGAUGACGAUGACGAGGGCAAGCUAACCAAUUGGCUGGAUCUAUGGAGCAAGAUAUUCAAGCCGCUGACCGUCGAAGAUAUCAGCAACUAUGAGAAGGAAUAUGUCGGCUCCGAGCUGGAGAGGACCGACAUCAAGAAGGCAUAUUUGGGCGGCAAGGGUUGCAUGAAUUACAUCAUGAAUCAUGUGCCGUUCAUGAAGGUCGAGGAUGAGCCCCGUUUCCAAGAGAUUGUCGCCGCCAUGAUUGCAGCGAAUGAUGUGCCCGAAUACAAGAUAUUCACCGAGGAGCCGGCAGCGAAGCGCACUAAGCGCCAUAAGAAAUACGCCCGGGAAUCGAAGGAGGCACACAUCAUUAAAGAGCGCAUCCAGCGACGCCAGCAGAAGGACGACGAGGAGGCGGCGACGGCCAGCGGCGGCAAUUUGGAGCAUCUGAUUUUGGCGCGCAAAAAUCAACGCGAAUCCAACUACAACUCGUUAAUGGAUCGCCUGCUGGAGAAGUAUGCCGGCGAGGAUGAUUCCGACAUCGUCGAUUUCUCUGCUGCACUCGACAAGACGAAGAAGAAGCGCAAGCCAAAGCACGCCCAGAAUCCAACCAAAUUGAAUGGCGUGAAAAAAGGUCGCGUGGAGAAGCCAAAAGCUUAAAUACAUUAGUAGUUUAACCAACUUCAAUUUCUAGAUUAAGAACAAAUUAUAUUAAAUCCAUUUAGUAGCUGUAA